AUGGCCAGGCCUUGCAAGAACUGCGGCGCUCCGCGCGCCGAAGACGUUCCUGACGAGAUCGAGCUGUGCGAACAGUGUACCGCGAGGGAUGCGCCAGUUGCAUCGUUCGAUUCCCAAGCUGGAUCACCGACUGAGCCCAAUACCCCGAUCCCGGCUACCCAUUCUGAUGGUUCCCAGGGAGAUGACAUCCAUUCCGGACAGGGGAGGGAAGCCGUUGAUCUUGACGAACCCGUUCUCGUUCCUGACCCUGGAAGUGUCCUGGUGGGCUGUGGCCCCUCCCAGGUUGGAAUGGGGACCAGUGCAAUUGCGCCGAUGCCAGCAGCUCCGUCGGGCAGCGCUUUGAAUGAUGGCAAUCGUCUUAAGCGUAAAGCGUCGGCUUUGGGUGUCGAAGAACCGAUUUUGGAUAUUGAGCAUGAUCAGAGUGUGGAGAGUAUUGACCCCGUGGCUUCAACUUCUGGACAGAGUCAAGGUUCUUCUUCUUCGCACGAGCAAGCAAACAAUACACCGGCAAAUCCGGCCAAGAAGGUCAAAAUGGAGCCGGCAUGUGGCUCUUGUAGAAAAUCCAAGAUUCGAUGUACACACCGCAAGCCCGUCGUCAACCCAAGAGAUGAUGCCUUUCAACAAGAAACACAAAGACCUCUUCAACCAAAGGAAAGUGGAGAAACUUCACAAGAUGAUCCUGCGCAUGACGAUCCAGGAGAGGAGUCCUCAAAAAGAGCAGGUCUUAGGCCCAAGAGCCAACCAGGAGCUACCCGGGUUGGUAGAAUCCCUCCAAAGCCAAGGGGUAGACCUCGAAAGCAGCCUGAGGAGAUCCAAGCCGUAGUCGAUGAGGGCAACGCUGUAGAGGAACCGGAAUCCCCACCUAGGCGACCCAGACGCGGGCGUAGACCUGCCCAGCGCAUGGGAACCAGUGCUGAAGGUAAGAGAGGCCAGGCUACCGCCCCCGAGCCAGCAGCUGCAGCAGUUCCGGCUGAAACAAUGGCAGCAAAUCUCUCGAUCGCGUCGAACAUGGCUCUAAACAAUAUCCUGGCGGAAGACUUCCAGGAUACCGUGCGUGACUGUGGAGAGAAGUGGCAGACGGUGUCAGACUCACUCAGAGAGGCCAUGGAUUCCUUUCACGAGGCCAAGCACAAAAUAGAUACUUGGCUUGAGAUGUGGAGGAGGGGUGAAGUCUAG